AUGAUGUAUUUUGGAUAUUCAGGUUCUGAUUCCCCCAUUAGCGAAUCUAAACUUAUUAUAUUUAAAAAAUCUGAAAUUACUAGAUUUGAGAACAUUGAAAUGAUUAGAGAACAACUGAAUCAUUUAAUAAAAUAGCAACUAACUUUACACUAAAUGUAGCCUUAAUAAAGAGAAAGUUAGUUUGAAAUUAAAAUCUUCAAGGCAAAUACUUAUUUUAGCAUUGAAUUGGGUGGUGCUUUAAUCUUGAAUGUAAAAUUAUAAUUAAGGAACUAAAAGAUCAAGCUAAUUAGAGUGACUGGUAAUAGCCAAAUCAGAUGUAAAAUGUUAUUUAGUUCUGCUAGUAUGGAGGAAUAUGUGAUGGCAAUUUAGAUUAUCAUUACUAAAAAUUGA